AUGGCAGUUGAAGCAGAAGGUGGAGGCCGCGAAGGCUACUUGCUGCCAGCCUCAGCCUUGACGCCAGCAUUCCACCCGCUGAGGAACUCCUUGAAAGCUUGUGCACAGGCAGACGCCUCAAACUUCCGGAGCUUUAGCUCGCCAAAGCUCCCAAAGUCUGGAAGUACUCGGGCGGAGAGCUCCCCGACUUCUGGGCGGGCAUCAGAAGUGACGGUGGUGCCAUUGGAGAUUGGAAGCGUUGGGAGUCGGAGCCACAGCGAGGGGAAGUUUCCGGAGCAGGUCAUCUCGGAGCUGGAAGAGCGCCUGGAGCGCCAAAGACUCCAGCAUGAGCAGGAGAGGCAAAUGUGGCUGAAUCAACAGCAGCUCCUACAGUGCCGGGUGGCACGCCUUCAGGCCGAGAAGAGCCAGUUGCUGCAGAGCCUGGAGUCACUGGCGCGGUCCUUGCCACCCACCUUCUCGCACCUGGCCGCUGAGCAGCUGGCUGGGGGACCUUAG